CAAUUUAUUUGUUACGUUUGAUGUGCGUGUGUCUUUUUAAAUUAUGUUCAUUUUUAAAUCAUAUUUUAGCUACAAAAUUGUGAGAAUAAUUCAAAAGUUGAAAAAAAACUUCUUGUACUAAAACUAAUCCUAGAUGUUUGAGUUCUAAAAACCAAAUACCCGAUCUAGUUAGCUUAUUAGUUCACAUUUUCCUUCCAUUUCGCGACGCAUCUACAUCGUGUGUUCUGCCCCACAAUGUUGGAAUUAAUGCCAUCGUCCAUCGUGGAUGUCGGGUCGACUCGCCUGAAAAAAGCGGUGGACAAAGAGCUCAUCAUUACACGAUGUCGGAAUCGAUUGAAAGGGAAGAAAAAUCUGAAAAAAUAUCUCCCAGAACGGUUCAGCUUCUUGUACCAGUUCCUAUGGAAUCAGAUGCCCUCCAAUCUGUACGAGAACAUCAUCGGCAAGCUGAACAAAUCGCACCUGGAGUUCAAAACCAAAGUCAUCAGCUCGAUGGUACCGGACGAAGUGCUGCACAGCCCGGAUGAUUACAAAACCACCAAAUUCAUGACCGCCGUCAUGUUUCUCGACGUUUCCGGGUUCACCGAUCUGUCCGAGCUGUACAACAAUCCCGAAAACGGAGGAGCGUCUAAGCUUUCCCAAGUGCUCAACACGUACCUCGGUGGGAUAGUGCAUGAAAUAUUGGGCCAUGGUGGAGACAUCCUCAAAUUCUCCGGCGACGCCAUCCUGGUACUGUUCACAGCAAACUCCUCCGUCUCGCUGCCGGACGCCAUCCAUCGGGCGAUUGAUACGGCUAUCAUCAUUCAGCUUUCCUACGGGCGCUACAAGACGGACGUUGGGGUAACGUUACGCAUCAAGAUCGCUAUUUCCGCCGGGGAGGUACACUUUUCGCUGGUGGGAACGCAAGCCUUCUCCCAUUACGUGGUCGCUGGGCAGCCGGUGUGGAAAGUGAAGAUGGCCGAACGAAUCGCAUUGGCCGGAGAUAUCAUCGUGACGUACUAUGCCUGGAGCUACAUACACGACAACGAGUACGUUUGGGAGUCGUGUGCGGACAAGCUGCACCUGAAGAUCAAAGGGUUCACUAGCUAUUGGCGGUCGGCGAAGCGGUUAAAUUUCAGCGAAUCGUCCUACUGGGACGAUCAGGAAGAUGAAGAUCCUAUGGAGCAGGACGAUUCAAUCAAAAUUGACAGUGAAAUGCUUGCCAUUCGUCCACGGCUCAAGUACGUAACGCCACACGUUGUGUCGUCCUCGCUGCAAAAGUUCCUGAUCAAGCCCGUGCUGAAUGCGGUCGAAAACAACGAACCGCUGGAGCUGCUGACCGAGAUGCGUCAAAUCGUGACGGUGUUUCUGAACAUCGUCCUGAAGCCGCGCGAUGUCGUUGAGAUGAUCAAGGAAAUUAAUUCCAUUUUUACCACCGUUUGCAAAAUUGUCGACAACUACGAAGGGAUCGUGAACAAGCUGUCGCUCUUCGACAAGGAUGUAAUGUUUCUGAUCAUCUUCGGGCUGCGCGGGCUGAAGCACGAGAUGGACAGCCAGAUCGCGCUGCACUGUGCGUGCGAGAUACAGGAAACGUACGCGAAAAACCCUUCCAUCAUUUCGUCCUCGAUCGGCAUCACGACCGGCAUCGCGUACUGCGGCAUCGUUGGCCACACGGUGCGGCGCGAGUAUUCCGCGAUCGGGGUGGACGUGAACAAGGCGGCCCGGCUGAUGAUGGCCUACCCGCACAAGGUGACGUGCGACAAGAGCACGUUUAUGAUGAGCAAGCUGGAUCCGGCCCACUUUACGCUGCAGGACGCCAUCCAGCUGAAGGGUUUGCACAACGUGGGCCCAAUCUACGAGUUCCGGGAGUUUAUUGCGGAACGCGAGCUUCUAAAACCGAUGGUAUACAACUAUCCGCUGGUCGAUCGGGAUCAGUUUAUAGAAAUCUUUCAGGAAAUGAUUGAAGAUGGGCUAGUGAUUGCCCAACAGACGGUACAAUGCACUCGCGCAGACUUUCCAGCGGAUCAGUGGAUUCAAAACUGCCUUCUGAUACGGGGCGAAGGGCAGAUGGGCAAAACGAGGCUCAUCAACGAGUUCUUCUACAUCGCGCUACGUAACAAACACAUCAGCUCGCUAUGCUUUUCGCUUAGCCUUAAAGACUCCAAGAAACCAUUUUCCGCGGUAAGCCUUUGCAUUUCGCGGCCGCUCGGAUUUACCGAAACGAUCACGACCGCGACACGGCAAAACCGCAUGAAGCUGUACCUGCGCGAGCAUAGGCUGGAGCAGCACGUGUCGCUGCUGAACGAAAUCCUCGGCACGAGCUUUAACGAAACGCCGGCGACCGCCGCCCUUGGCCCAGCGGAAAAGGAUGCCGCCCGAAAGGAACUGUUUCGCUUCCUCUGCCAGAAGACGUUCCAAAAUCUAUGGGUGCUGAUUAUCGACGACGCCGAGUUUAUGGACGACGAAUCGUUCGACCUGUUCGACGUGAUCUGGGAAAUGCCGCAGAUCAUUACGGUGCUGACGGUGGGCUACCAGAAGCGGCUCAGCCCGGUGCGCGUGCGCGUACUGGACAGCCCGCAUGUGUGCCAGGUAAAGCUGCCGCCGAUCGAAACGCUGCUGCACAAGGCGGUCGCCUGCCAGUUUCUGAACGUCAAUGCAAUACCGCUCGAUCUGGAAAGGCUGCUGCAUACGAUCAGCAACGGCAAUCCGGGCUGGAUCAACACGUUCCUGCUGUGCCUGCGCCAGAGCGGCCUCCUGCGCAUCAAGCGCAUGGGCUACAGCGCGGCCCAGGCGGACGGGUACGUGUUCUGCGAAUCGUCCUUCCUGCACCGGGACAGCAUCAAGUCGAGCAGUACGCUCCGGCCCAGCCUGUCCGACUGGCGGCUGUUCGAGUCGUCGUUCGACAGUGGCGACCCGCUGCUCUACCCGGGCGAGGAGACGCCGUCCCUGUUCAACAAGAUCGUGGACGUCGCGUACCUGGCCGGGCCGGUCGACACGAAGGAUUACUACACCUCCCGCAACCUGGAAGCGUUCCAUCUGAUGCUGUACGAUUCGCUGUCCGCGUUCGAGCAGCUCGUAUGCAAAUGUGCCGCCUUUUUGGGGCAGAAGUUUUUGCGCGCCUCGCUCAUGUACACGAUGGCGACGGAGAGUGAAUGGGAGGUGGCGAUCGCAAUGAAGAAACUGUUUGACCUUCAAAUCCUAUCGUGCGCAAUCGGCGACUUUAGCGAAGGCUUCCGGUUGGCGCAGAAAAACGUGAACAGCAGCUGGCUGGAGAGUGGGGAAUGUGCCUGCAUUGCGCUGGAAGUUGAUCGAACCUGCAAGGAUCUGCCCAAGUACGCGGUGUGCGGAUAUUCCAAGUUUAAUUCCAGCGAGUUCCACAGCACGGUGUACAAUCUGGUGACGGAGGAACAGAAGAAGCAAUACCACAGCAAUGCGCUCGAGUUUAUUGAAAGUGAAACGAAAAAAUGCAACUCGUGCGGAGCGGUGCCGUUCAAGAAUUUGCUGAGCAGUGAAGAAACGUACGAGGUGCAGGUUGGGUGUCGGAACUCGGAAGCUUCCGGGGAUGGCAAUGAGAUGCUGUUCCAGAGUAGCACAAGCCGUUUUUCGUUGUACUCCUCCCAGCAAUCCAUCAUCUUUGACUGCUUCCGACGGCGCCGCAGCUCGUCGCGCCGUGCACCGGUCCUGAGCUACGGUGCGUACAGCUUCGUCAACUGCACCUGCAACAUGAUCCUGUACAACAUGUUCAGCGAGAUCGUGCUGCACAGCCGGGGAGCCGGUAUGCUAGAGAAGUGCGUUGAGGCGAUGAUCGAAUGGGCCCGCAUCUGCAUCAAGCUGUCCAACAUCCCGAAAGCGAUCGCCAUCCUGGAGGAGGCGGAGAAGUUAAUGGCGAGUAUUGAUACGGUAGAAAACAUUGCGCUCGUAACGUAUCUGAGGGGCCGUCUGUACACGGUGAAGGCGCGUGGGAAGUACUCCUUGGAGCAGUUUGAGCGUGCCCUGGAGCUGUACUACCGUGCCGCUCGUACAUUGGGAAUGGAUUUUCCACGCCAACGUUCGCUCGUUCGUCUAAAGAGCAAAUACUACUUGGCGAAGGUGAAAUCGUACCUCAAUCCUACCGGCAAGGAAAAAAGCCGCUCCAGCAAGAGUUUGUUCUACAGCUUGAUCGUGUCCCAGAUCGCCAGCUGCUUCAACGGGAUGCACAAGCUGUUCGUGAAGCUGCGCGACUGGGACCGGGCCGCGCUGGCAGCCAUCUGGGGCCUGAAGCAUGCGUUGCGCCAUCGCAAGGGCAGCACGGUGCUGGUGAAAUCGUUUGCCAACUUUUUCCACACAGCAUACCACGUUGGCUACUCCGAAAGUAUCGCGUGGAUGCAGGAACGUUCGCUGGAGAUUGUGGCUGAAAACGUUCACCGAAUCGAUGCCGACUAUCUGGAUGCGGUGGUUCGCUUCUAUACGGCGCUGUUUCGUUGCCAGACCUUACGCUCGAAGAAGAUACUCUCGAUCGAGCUCGGCAAGGUGGUGCUGCACAUUAACGACAAGCUGCAGCAACAGUCGGCUGAAUGGGACAUCAUACCGAUACUGUGCGAGCUGCUGCUCUCCCACCGGCGCAUCGCCGAAACGGUACAAACGCUCUGGGCACUGCAGCAACUGAUCGUGCAUCAACAGUCGAGCCCAACGGGGCACAUCUGGUACUAUGCGAUCUGUCUCGACGUGCUGCUCGACACGAGCUGCUGCAUCGAGACGUACCGGCGGAGCGAGAACUUUUACUACAAAAAUCGCGAAUCGUUCCUGGCCCAGCGGGAUGGGUUUGCGAGCGCCCGGCUCUUUGCCAACCUGUGGCUGUGGUGCGUCCGGUACGGUGCCUGGGUGGCGGCCGACAACUGGCUGGCGCUGCUGCGCGACCACUUCGUGCUGAGCGCGUACGAUUCGACGAUCAACAUCAACACGGCGGUGCGCAUCCUGGAGGGUAUGGUGCUGACCCUGAUCAACCACAUCGAGGCGCGCAACACCGCCCAGAUACGGCGGGUGCGGGCCAGCAUCGAGACGCUGCUCGGCAGCGUCGAGCAGGCCCUCGCCGUCAACCGCAAUCACGUGGCGCGGUUCGAGCUGAUGCGCAUCUACUACCGGCAAGUGGUGGACCCGCGGGCCGGCGGUACGGUGCGCCGGGAGUUGGCCGCGGCCGCCAAACGGGCCCACCAGCGGAACGACCGUCUCUGCCACGAUCAGAUCGAACACACGGCCAAGUUUUGGCAGCGGGAGCUGACGCCGGCGCUGGAAAACUUCUGGCUAGAUCACGCUGCCGGAAGUGAUCGCAGCGACGGGGCGAGCCGCAACCAGAGCUUCGCCGCCGGGCCCGCGUUCGGCAUCGGCAACGAGCAGCUGUACGAUUAUGCGAGCUGUAUACUGAAUCACGAACGAAUCUAUCCUUAUUCAAUGCCAUUGCCAAGAGCCCGGUUCCGAUGAAUGAAUAAGCAAUCGGGCUGUCCGGAAGAUGUCAUGCCCCGAAACAGCCACCGAUCCACCGUCCCGGCCCAUACCCACCGCACCGCACGCUUCGUUCACCCUUCCCAUCCGCGGCCCUUCGCUGCGGCAUGCUGACCGCUAUUGCUGUAACUUAUACGCGAUUGAGUGUGUGUGUUUGUGUGCGGUUGAUGCUGAAGAGUGGGAGAAUAAUUUGAAUUUUUAUCAAUGCGUGUGUGGUGUGUGUGUGUGCGCUUAGUUUGGGCGCAGGCGAAGAAGAAGAAGACAAAGAAGAAGAAGAAGAAGAAGAAGAAGGGGAUGGCGUGGAACGUAGAAGAAAGAGUGGACGAAGAGAGGACGAAUCGUAUCCGCUGGCAUUGGUGUUGGUAACGGUUCUCCCGGGAGCUCCGCCGGGCCGGGCCGAAAUUAGACAUACGUGUUGUCCUGUUCCCAUGUCCCCGUGUAGUGGUGAUGGUGUUGCUGGUGGUGGUGGUGGUGGGUAUGUUUGAUAAAUUUUACAUGAGCAAGCAACAAUCGCCGCUGUUCGUCCCGUUUUUGGAUAUCCUUUCCUUUUUGCGCCGGUCGGCUUGUUUCUGGAGCAUGUUUUGCGCUCCUCCACCCAAAUCCCCGCGCUCGUUUUAUGUGCAUGCUUCCCACCCUUCGCUUGUUCUGCGUGUGCGUCGAUUAGUGCGUGUGCCCCUGUGCGUGCAAUUAUUUCGUACCUCUUCGCUCGGGCAGUCGCUCUCCAAAACCAGUCGUCGUUCGCGUUGCUAUCGGCGGAUGAAUCAUAAUUAAAUGCAGAUCGGCACCACCGUUCCUUUCCACGUUCCACUGUUCGAUAGAACAAAGAAAAAAAAGAGGAAGACAUAGUGACAUGCGUUACGCAUGACGACGCCCCAGGUGGGGGGAGGCGACCCAUCCUGCGCAUUAGCCAUACGGCACGCAACUCGCUUGACGCAGUCGGCGCAAAGUUUAAGUGCGUAUACAUUGACUUUGAAACUUGUAAAGCAGCCCGCCGCGCAACGCUCGCUUCACUCCCUACCCCGGACAUUACCCCCCACUUACGCUCUCUUUCAGAUUCUGUCUGUAGACGGGGCAGAUUUUUUGGGACAUUUUUGUGCCCUGGGUGUUGCUAACUCGAACCGGAUGUGAGCCAGUGAGCCGGAGUCUAGGUUGCAUAAAUUACACUUGAACUUGUAUCUAUACAUUCCCCUCCUCUUCCUGCGUCCCAAACCCCUCUGGGAGCCCUUUGCGAACUUUGUUUGGUGCAGCAGCAGCAGCAGCAGCAGCCGAACCGGGUUACAUGUGUGUUUGUCCUUGUCCUCUAGAAGCAUCGCUCGUACUUCCGCAGUAGUGCUUUCGGGCAGCCUAGCCUAGUUUGCUGCCCGGUUCGUCUGGAAAGGGGCUGCUGGGGAGCGGGGUGGAAGCCAUUUACUUGCGGCCGAUUAAAUUCAAAUUCAAACGCAGCUGAGCACACGCUCGGUACGUACGGUAAGCGCGCCGCCGACCGGAUGCAUACGUACGCAUGCACGCGCCAAGUGCGUCCGAGCGGGUGGCGCGUUUCCCGAUUUCCCUCCCUCCCAGCCAGGCGCGGUUUUUGUGUGUGCACGGAAAGGGGUGACACUUCCUCAAAACAUUGGUUUUUUAGUAUUCCAAGGGUAGUGGUGCACCAUGCAACCAUGAUUGCGCAGUAAACAGCAGGCCUUACCACGCACAAUUACUGGCCCCUAAUAUUAAUGCACCUUAAUAAGGCCAGAAGGGAGUAGCGAGAGCAGAGAGAGAGCGCGAGGGAGAGUGACAAAAAAAAAUCCGGCGAAACAAAACGGAAGGAAGUGUACGCGCGUGUGCGCAGACCACUUCGCAGCUGCAUUGAUGUAUUUAAAUUGCUCCUGUUGUGGCUUCAUCAAGGAUUCAAGGAUUUCUGAAUGAGUUACUUCGCCGGGUAGUGGAGCAAUCGUCGGAGGGAGGGGGCUGAGGGCUGCAGAUGAUGACGAUACGGAUCGCAUUCGGCAAGGCGCGAUGACGCUGCACGAUCGAUCCAUGAUCGUGAAAGUUGUGCGAUGUGCGCAUUGUUUGCGGAAGACAUGUUUUUGCGUGGCGGCGUGUGUUUCCGGAAGGGGGGAGAGCACCAGUGAUCGAAGGGUGGAGAGCGGUAUCGGUGCAGUCUGCUGGAGCCGUGCCUCUCGUAGAAUGUUCUUGGUAGGCAUUGUGGGAUGUGCUGUUUUGUUUUCUUUUCAUAUUCUGCAAAUUCUCCAAUAGCUGCAAUCAAACGGAACUCAAAACAAACAUUCCCAUUGAGAUUCUACCGAAGAAUUCCUCCCGAAACUCUAAUUGCUUAACGGUUUGAUAAGCCUUGGUGCGUGCGAUUAUACAACACGUGAUAUAAUUGGCUAAAGCCAAUUGAAUAGCCAAACCUCUAGAUAAAUGUAAAAUUAAAUUGUAAAUUAAACAGUAGUAGGCAGCACAGACUCGGCACACGUGCCACGUGGACCGAGGUGGUCUUACGGUCGUGCGCCACCGGUCCCGCCGGAGUUCAUCAUCGAGAGGAAAGGUCAAAUGGCAGUGUGUCGCGAUUGGUAUUUGAAUCUAGCGUACAACUAUUGCCGCACCUUGGCCUGCCAUGGUACUGCUGGUAUGGUGUGGUGCGGUGCGACUAGGUUGCAUUAUUAAGUAACCCCGCCACCAUAUUGCCGGGUAGUUGGAUGCCGCUGUUGCUGGGCAUGUCGUUAUGUCACGUUGCCCAGCAGUUAUCAAUGGUGUUGUAUGCAAAUUUACAAGAUACUAAGCGACCGAUGUGCGUAGGAAAUGGCCGGAUGCUGUGAUUCAGUAAUCACUGGUGUAGUAUCUGUUGUUUUGCCUCUUGAGUGUUGUUGUUUUUUUUUUUGGCUUAUUGAUUCAUCUUUUUGGUGUUUUGCCAGGCCUCCAUUAGGCUACAAAGGGGGUUAGCUAACUGAUUUGUGUUCAUCAAUAGACAAAUAACAGGGUACAUACUGAAUACUGAAAUCAGAACCGGCACAAUGCUUAUCACUGUCGUUUCCAUAAUCCGUAGCCUCUUGUAAGGUCACACUGGCGUCAUCCGGCAAUGAGAGGUCUGGAAGAGAUGACGUUUAGUGGAAUAUGUAAAUGACUCUCACGGGCACAGUGUUAAGAUAGUGGAUAAGGGCAAGGAUUUUUAAUCGAGUUCCUAGAUUUUUUCAGGAUCAUCGAUUCGUUUGACAUUAAUAAGCUGUUAGUAGUAAAUACCAGGAUUAGUAGUCAUAUCCACAUCCGAGGGAACGUCUAGAUGGGAACUGAUACUGAUACGGAAGAUGAAAGCCAACAGCCAGCAAACCAAGAUCGACAGCGAGAAGAAAC